AUGCAGCGGAGUUUCUCUAUUGAAUUGCCUUCACUGGUUCCUCUGCAACUUCCAUCUCGUAUGGAGACUCACCUAUGGUAUAUUCUACCAGAUGAAGUGAAAAAUACAUCUCUUCUAAAACACUACUCUCAACUUUUGUCACCGUCCGAGAAAGAUAAAGUUGUUCGGAUGCGAGGCAAUGUGCUUAAGAAGAAUGCUUUGCUUGCCCGCACCUUGGUUCGGACUACCAUUGCGAGAUAUCAGACAAACAAUGCGGUCGAUCCUCGGUCCUUGAUGUUCAAGAAGAAUAUGUAUGGGAAGCCUGAGGUAGAUUGGCAGAAUCAUAAGAACUGUAAUAACCCACCAUUGCAUUUCAACCUUUCCCACACAGAUUCAUUAAUUGCUUGCGGGGUGACAGUACAUGUUCCGGUUGGUAUUGAUGUUGAAGACAAGGAAAGGAAGAUAAAACAUGAUGUCUUAGCAUUUGCAAAAAGAUUUUACUCUACUGAUGAAGUGAACUUUUUAUCAACUAUACCAGACCCAGAAGUUCAGCGAACGGAAUUUAUUAAGUUAUGGAUUCUUAAGGAGGCAUAUGUGAAAGCAUUAGGAAAAGGCUUCUCUGCUACACCUUUUAAUACCUUCACAAUUCAGUCGAAGGCUGGAACAGAAGGAGGCUAUAAUCUUCGCGAGACAUCUGAAAUGGCAGUCAAUUCACUGGAGGAGACAAAGAAAUGCAACGGAGAAUGGAAGUUUGCCCUUUUGGAGUUGGCUGAUUCUCAUUAUGCUGCAAUCUGUAUUGAAGAUGAUCAAGCUAGUGAAGAAUCUCCUAUGAGGGUGAUUGUCCGGAAAACCAUCCCUUUUGUAGAAGAUGAACUUAUUUCUGAAAGCAAACUUCUGUAG